UGGCCCUGAUUCACUCUAUAAAACCACAGUUUAGAUGUAAAUGAACUGUGCCUAAACCUGAAGGGGACAAAUCAUUCUGGAGUAAUAGUGGGGGAAAAAGAUGAUACUAGAAGAAUACACAACUGCUGUGGAAGAUUGUUAUAACGAAAUCAUGUUGUGGUGAUUCUUAAAACUUUUUAAACAAGUCCCAGAGCAAUUUUUCCCUAUCAAUAUUUCAUAAUUUUUUCGUAAUGAAAUAUUAAUAUUACCAAACGCCCAGUGCAUUCAAAUCCAAGACUGAGUUGGUUAGAGACACCGCCGAGGACCCUGAAUCAACAACAUCUGACAUCUUUAACAGGAAGAUGUCUGACUCUGAAACCAUUGAACUGGCUUGUCUCGGCCGACCUUUUCAGUUGGGAAUGCUUUAUGACUGCCGAAGAGAUGUCCUCAUUCCAGGAAUAACUCUUUGGGAUGCUGAGAUGCUGCACAAGAAUAUCAAUGUACGGCCACAGCCAAACACUGACUUCAAAAUCAUUGCCUCAGAUUCAAGUGAAGACAAAGUACAAGCUUUAAAUGUUUCUGCAUCUCUUGAAGCCAGCUUUCUGGGUGGAUUAGUUAGUGUGAAAGGCUCAGCUAGCUUUUUAAAUGACAAGAAGAAGUCCAAACAUCAAUCUCGAGUCACCUUACAGUAUCGGACAACGGCACGUUUUGAGCAGUUAACUAUGGAGCAUCUUGGAGCAGGGAACAUAAAGCAUAGCAAUGUAUUUCAGGAGGGCUCGGCCACACAUGUUGUUACGGCUCUAUUGUAUGGAGCUCAAGCGUUCUUUAUUUUUGACCGUGAAGUUUCAUCCGAUGAAAAUCAUCAAGAGAUACAAGGAAACCUCCAAGCAUCAAUCAAAAAGAUACCUUUGAUAUCAGUUGAAGGUGAAGCAUCUUUAAAAAUGAAUGAAUCAGAAAAAGAGAAAAUUAACAAAUUCAGCUGCACUUUUCAUGGAGAUUUUGCUCUGGAAAACAAUCCAGUUUCCUAUGUAGAUGCCAUCAAGGUGUACUCAGAGCUGCCAAAACUGCUGGGAGAACAUGGAGAGAAUGCUGUGCCCAUGACCGUGUGGCUUUACCCUCUGAAAAAACUAGAUUCAGCAGCUGCUCAGUUAGUCAGGGAGAUCAGUGUAAGCCUAGUACGACGUGCCCAACGGAUCAUGGAUGAACUGGAUAAUUGUGACAUUCAAUGUCAAGACCUGAUGAGGGACAAUGUCGCCAUUCAAUUCCCUGAAAUCAAAACUAAAAUCAGAAAAUUUAAGGACCUCUGCUCAGAGUACAAAAUAGUUUUUCAAAAGCAUCUCUGCAGGCUUCUUCCAUCCAUAAGGGUGGAGGAAAAGAAGAACAAGAGCUUGUUGAUGCUCUAAAUGACAAAGAAAGAUCCCCGUUUCAAGGUGCUCUGGUAAACAAGUAUCUCAAUGAGCGAGAGCGAGAGAUGAAUGUCGUUAGAUCUUACCUCGAAAUCAUGAAAGAAGUCCCUGUUCUUGCAUCCAGCAAUGACUUGGACAAGGUUGUCUUGAAAGCAUCCAAUAACUAUGUGAUAGCUUUUGCACUUUCCUCCUUAAAUGAAAAGGAUCUGUACCUUUCAGACUUGGAGAAUUACCUGAAAAAUACAAUCAUGUAACAAUGGAGAGCAAGUCAGUUAUGAUCAAGACUCUUCAAAAAAGACAGAGAAAUGGUUCUCCUCAGGAAAUGUAAC